GUGCAUCACAUAACGACGCAUUGGUGGAUGGUACAGGUGCAGCUGCAAUAAACAAGUGCUCCAACAGCAACAACAACUUUAUGUAUGUGUAGGUGUCUUCCAAAUUCAAGACAUAAAAGAAAAAGAUGACAGGCGACAUCUUUGCCUAUACCAGUCACUUGUUAUGUCUGGUAUUGCUGGCUUAUUUGCUGUGUCACCCUCCUUGCGUAUGGACCACUCGAAUGGAUGACACGGGCUUCUACACCGACAAUGGCCUGGAACAGUCCGUGAUGGUCAGCCGGAUCCCACAUCGUGUGAAGAAGGAAUUUCAACAAGAAAUACUCACCUUGAUGGGAUUACACCACAAACCGAAACCGCGAGCUCCCGGUAAGGAGACUUCUGCUCCCCGCUUCAUGAUCGAUCUGUACAAUAAGCUGCAUGGUUCAGGGGCCAGUGGAUCCAUUGAAGAUGAUGAUGAGGAUGAACAUCCCCACUUCUUCAGCAGAACUUUAGAAAAUGAAAUGCCUAAACUCAACAGUUCUGAUUUCCACAAUUUACUCACUGUAAUUUGCAAAUCUCCCUCACCAAAAUCUUACCCUCUUGGAUUGCACAAAAUCCAUUUCCUUCGCCAUGAAAGGGAUCGAACUUUCUUCUUUGACUUUGGAGAAGUGUCCCCACAAGAGACAGUGACAGGGGCCGAACUGAGGUUGUAUAAAAGCAAGGACAGACGUGGUCGCCAUACAACUUAUCGUAUUGAGGUGUUUACCAUCCAACAGGGAGUUGAUGAACAAGACAAGAUUUUGGUUCCUGAAACCAAUCAUUUGGUGUCUUCUGACUUUGAAGGUUGGAUCUUAAUGAAUGUUACCAAUGCUGCCGACUCUUGGACCAUCAUGCCAGCUUCCAAUAUGGGUCUUUACCUCAGAAUCACUGACAUGAGCACAGGUCAGGAAUUAAGACCCAACCAUAUCGGUAUCGUAGGACAUAGAGGAGACCCUGAUAAACAGGCGUUUUUGGUCUGCUUUUUCAAGAUGAGUCGACAGCUUCAUGUACGACGAACACGUUCUGCACGCCGGCAAAUGGAUACUCGUACAGCAGUCUCACGUCGGGAUGAUUCUCAGUCAACGUGGAGACGGACACGACGUUAUGUACGACCAGUCUGCCAAAGAAAUACAAUGUAUGUUGACUUUGAAGCUUUAGGUUGGCAGAGUUGGAUCAUUGCACCUGAGGGUUACUCUGCAUUCUACUGCGACGGCGACUGCAUAUUUCCACUCGGUCUGAAUAUGAACGCCACAAAUCAUGCCAUUGUACAACUGUUGCUUCACACAGUGAAAUCUCAGACAAUGCCUAAGCCAUGCUGUUCCCCUACCAAACUGAGUGCCAUCUCUGUGCUCUACUUUGAUGAUAAUUCCAAUGUCAUUCUCAAGAAAUAUCGAAGUAUGAAGGUGAAGGCUUGUGGCUGUCACUAGUGUUCACCCCAUACCUCUACGUCUUGUAACACUGUAUUGCACACACACACACACAUUCAUUGGACUCCUGCUAGCCGAAAGACAUUGAUGCAUGUGUGCAUGGGACGGCUGAGUGCACUUGCAAUGCCACUGUCCUGCUUUUUCUUUUUCUUUUGUGUUUUCAAUUUGAGUGUGCAACAAAUGUUGCACAUUUGCAGGUAUCAGGAUUUAGUAUUUUUUUAUGUACAGUCUCUAUGGACAUAUGAUGAAUGAAUGUGUAUGGCUGUGUGUGUGUGUAUGGCUGUCUGUGUGUGAGUGUAUGUAUGCAUGUAUAUAUAUCUGUAUGCGUCCUUCAAUUCAUUGUUACAGUUGGUAAGGUCCUCAAGAAUACUGCUGAAAACAAUAAAAUGCAAAAAAAUAAACUAUACACAUUCACACUACACAUAUACACUCUCACACCUUCAUACACACAAGUAUACACAUACCAUAUGGACUCACAUCUUCUGGUCACAGAAACAGGGUUUAGCUGCUGUAAAGAACAUCAAAAACAAAAACAAGUCUGCCUCAAAAUAAGAAAAACAAACCUUUUUUUAUUUGUAAAUAAUUAAAUAAUUAAUUACCUUCCCUGCCACUUCACCACCUCAA